GUGGAGUCAAGACGGGAAUUCGAACAGAUCCAAAAUGGCGGAAGCAGCAUCAUCAGAAGAAGGUAGAACAUCACCCGAUUAUCGAAGCCUGCAGACGAACAUUUUCGACUGCAGCAUCUGUCUGCAGAUGUUCACAAGACCCAAGGUGCUGCCUUGCGGGCACACGUUCUGUAAGAAAUGCCUGGUGACUUACGUUAGAGGCGGCAUGUUCUUCCAUUGCCCCACUUGCAAGAGAAAAGUGUACCUAAACUCAGAGGGUGUGGAAAGUUUAACCGAUAAUAUCUCCUUGGGAAACCUUCGGGAAGACUUCGCAAGUCUCGCAAUUAUGGAGAAAAGGUACAGGGAGGUUGGAAGUCCUGUGUUACAGACUGGUCAGUCAGUGUGUUCGAAGCAUGGUGGCAUGGAAGUUAAGUACUAUUGCCCAAGCUGUGAGGAGGUGGUCUGUGGAGAGUGUAUAGUAGAUGAACACAACACACACGGGGUGACCAGGCUGUCCAAAGCGCUCGAAAAGCAAGCCGAACAAGCAGAACAACUCAUGGACGAAGGAGAGAACUGGAUCGAAAAAGUGCGGGGGAAGAUCGCGGAAACAGAGGAAGCACAGAAGAUGUUGAAAAAAGAGGAAGGCAUACAAAAUGAUGCGGUGGAGAAAAGUGCUACCAGAAUGAAAGAGUUACUAGCUCAAGCUGUGGACAAGCGUGCAACUGACUUAAAGAAAGAGUUGAGCACCAUGUUUGCAUCGAAGUGUGUCGCUCUUAGAGAGCAGAACACCGAACUAGAAACGUUGCUGGCAACCUUACUGAGUGCCGUGGAAGAAGUCCAGCGCUGUAUCACUUUGGGAGAAACCAUUCCACUGAUACAGGGGAGGAAGGUCUUACAGAACGUGAUCGAACCAUUGUCAGGAAAGACUUGGUCGGCCGACGAACAAAACACAACCCCGGUUUUCACACCCAACCUUUUCAAUCUGUCAGGAAUUUCGAAGAUGAGUACAUUUUCACUUGGCACGGUCCAAAAUGCAAGAAAGCCCAGUACUACAUGUACUAGUCCUUCCGUAUCACCCAGAACAGUCCAUAGUGCCCCAAACCCUAGUACUAGUACUACUACUACUAGUACUAGUACUAGUACUAGUAGUAGUAGUAGUGCCAGGCCUGUCAAUGUGCCUGGAACUCGAAGGUCCCUAAGGACUGUACAGGGCGACAUUUGGCCCUCGGAAAGGCCCAGAGUUUUGUGGGAGUCUACUAGCAGGUUUCUGCGCCAGUCACCAGAGACUCUCUGCGCCAUCAAUGCGUUUAUACACAACAUGCAGAAAAGAAGGGACGAACAGAAUGAACCUGACAGCACAUUCCCCCAAACCUCUGCUGAAGAGACAAGUGAGCCAACCCCCGCUGGAGCAGAGUGUGAUCCGACAGCUAGUGAUGAGGAUAGAGGUGUGCGGAUCAACAUAACGCCGCAAAGUCCCCGACGUCAGCUGCACCCUAAGAGUAAGAGGAGGGGUACCAAGGUCACGGACGCUGUUCCAACCACCAUCACCGUACAGCUUCUCUCCCCUCCCUCCCUGCCAAACAACUCAGGAACCUCAGCUGAAACCAGCUCACAGCCCACCCUUGAAGUGAGUAUAGUAGAGGACCCAACUGCCACAGCGAGUGAAGAAGAGUCUACCUCCCAAGGUGCAGAGCCAUGUCAGAACUCACAAGUGUGA